AUGGGUGCAAUGGAUGCUUUGAAUGCUGCCACACCUGAAAAUGCUGAUCUUGUUGAUAUGCUAGAGAAUUUUAUGGAAACGAGUGCAGCUGCACAAGCUGCAGAGAAGGAUGCGCUUGAGGCGCUGAGAAAACGUGAAGAGGAACUGGAGGAACUACGACGUCGUGGUGCUGAGGAAAGCAAUGAGCACAGUCGUGUUUUGGAUAACCAUAAGCAAGAGAAUGAGAAGCUUCUUGAGGAACUCGCACAGAAGGAUGCUGAAAUUGAUAAACUGGGUGAGGAUCUCGCACAGAAGAAUGUGGAAAAUGUAAGGUUGAGUGCAGAAAAUGAGAACUUGGCCGGGGACCUCGCACAGAAGGAA